UCUGAAUGUUUAAAAAAUAUAAAAUGUUAAUAAAUUUUUAUUUCCUACUUUUCAUGUGAAUAAGCUCUAAUAAGUAUUUAACAUAAUUGAGCAGAAUAUGGUAAAAAUAAAUAUUAUUCUAUAUAUAUUAAAUAAUUAUAAAUAUUAUUAUAUAUAAAAAAUUAUUGAAAGCUAAUACGACAAAAAUACCGUAUAUUAUGCAUAAAAAUAUUCAGUUGAUUGCCAAUUGUAGAAAAAUUUUUCAAUAUUUUUAUUGGAAUCAUGCAACCCUCCUGUGUUCAACAGAUCAAUAAUGGUCCAACACAGCAUCCUUCAGCUUAGUAGUAGAGGACGGAUGAGAGAGUGAGGGUGAAAGGGGUGGCAGAGAGAAGCCCCUCUGGUAAAGCCAAGAGGAAGCCAGUAAAGACAUAGUGUUUCACAAGGAAACAGUCAAGGUCCAAUGUUCGUAAAAAGUGCUUCAAUCGCACGGUGCACAUGUGAAAACUAUAAUGCGCGGAUUUUUACGUGGUAUAUUGUAUUGUGCUCUGUGGUAUGGUAGUAUAGUAGCAGGCUUUUUAUUUAUCGCCUGUCCGUUCCUACCGUUGUUCUUGUUCAGCCCACCGAAAUUCCGAAAAUGUGGAGACCUCUUGUUCUCGUGUUGGGAGCUUUAUCCUACUGCCCUGUUGAACAUGUUUGGUGUAAAGAUCUAUGUGUCUGGCGAUCAUAUAUCUCCUCAUGAAUCGGCUGUGCUCGUGAUGAAUCACAGGACAAGGGUGGACUGGAACUUUCUAUGGGCGGCGAUGUACCAAGCGUGUAUGCCUAAUGUAGCUUGUCACAGAUUGAAAUUCGUUUUGAAGGAUCCUAUACGACACAUUCCUGGUCCAGGAUGGAUAAUGCAAAUGAACGGUUUCCUUUAUAUAACGCGACGUUGGGAAGAAGAUCAAGGCCGAUUAUCGCGUACUCUUGAUUACCUGAUCGCGUUAGGCAGUCGCACACAAUUGCUGAUAUUUCCUGAGGGCACCGAUCUGACGAGAAGCAGUAAGGAAAAGUCAAAUAAGUACGCGCUGCAGCAUCAUUUGCCGGAAUACACCUAUACCCUGCAUCCAAAAACAACGGGUUUCGCUUACUUGGUGCAACACCUUCAGCGAGCGAACUAUUUGGACGCUGUGUACGAUCUAACGAUAGCGUAUCCCGACUAUAUACCGCAAACCGAGAUUGAUUUGAUUAGGGGCAAGUUGCCGGACGAGGUGCACUUUCAUAUAAAGCGAAUACCCACCGCGGAGAUACCGACGCACGAGUCGACGUUGAGAAAGUGGCUGGAGAAUAAAUGGUCCGAUAAGGAGAGGAUAUUGAAGCAAUUUUACGAACAGAAGACAUUCUCCGCCGAAAUCUGGCCGAUGGCGAAGAUGCUACCGCUACGGGCUGCUUUCGGAUUUUGGAGUAUGUUGACAGGAAUGAUGGUACUUUUACUCAUUAUUUCGCCGAUCUUCCAAUUAUGGGCUCUGAUACAUGCAGCAUUUUUCGUUGCGCUGUCAGUUUUCAGUACGGGCUUCAAUCAGAUCGAAAUGGGGUGGUAUUCGCGCUGGAAGAGUUACCCCUUCCAAGCUAAACGUAGUUAGUCGAGAAUAUAUUUUGAUUUGAAAUUCUUUAGAAGAUUAUAGAUAGUCGUCUUUGUCUCUCUGUGAUAAUAUGUAAAUAUAAAAUUGGAAUUAUAGAAGAGAAACAUAAUUUCAAAGAUCUUGUGCAAUAUCACGUAACUGUAAUACGUAGUCGUAAUACUAUUGCACCGUUUCAAUCCUUUUAUGUUUAUUUAUCUCGACGUUGUAGUUCUAAAAGCACAGUGGUAUACAACAAAAUGAGAGUGUACAAUUCUUUGAUAAUUGAAGUUUGUCCUCCAAAUAAUCACAUAUUAUCUUUAAAAAAGCUGUCAUUAAAAAAGAAAAAAAUGGGUGAUGCAAACAUUUUGAUGUUUUAUGUCAAAAAAUAUAUAUACAUAAGAUAGUAUUUCUAAUAAAAAUAUAUUCCGUGGAAAUGUCUAUAUUUGUAAAACAUAAAUUGUACAAAUUUCUUAGGAAUUUUCUUAUCAAAAGAAUAACAUUUUUGAGAGAACCACUAGUUUUUACUGCAACACAUUUCUGAUAAACGUUGAUACAAACAAAUGGAAUAUUGUUAUAAACAUGGUGUUUUGAGAUAUUAUUAACAGAGUAAUUUUCAUAUAUUACAUAAUAACGAAGAAAGAAAUAUAAUCAUUACAUUUCUAUGCCAUUUUGUUUCUAUCUAAUUAUUUAUGAAAAAGAUUUCAUAUAGCAGCAUAUGUAAAACAUGUGUCUUUUCAAUUAAUAUAAAAAAAUUAUGUUUCUUGAAUUAUAUAGGCUAAAUGUAAAUUGCGAACAUUUUAUAACAUAGGAAAUGUAUAAAAUGUCAUGUAUAAUUAUACAAAAAAUUUGCAUAGGUUAUAGAAAGUAUACAUUAGAAAAUGUGUAUUUUUUCGAAUUUUUUCAACCAAAAAAUUUAAAUCCUUCAACUAUUGAACGAUUUCGAAUGUAAGUAAAAGUGAAUUCAUGUGCCAAAGAAAGAUAUAAGCAAUUAGAUUAGUUUUAUAAAAAAUUCUCAUUCAGUAACUUGUAGUUGUAGAAAAUCAAUAUAUGACAUAUGUGUAUCUCGUAGUAUACAUGUUAAAUAUUUUCUUUACAUAAUUAGUACCUGGGAGCCGUAAAUUCAAUCAAACCAAUCACUUUCUUUAUAUAGCUCCAACAAAGAAAUAGUCAAAAUCAUCAGUCGAUGAAUAAUCUAUCUUACCUGUCUGUGUCUCUUGUAGAUCCGAACUAGUCAAUGAUAAAUUGUAUGUUAAGAAAUUUUCCUAUGCGAAUAAAUGUUAAUUAAACUGUUGUGUAAUAAUGUAACAUGUGAAUAAUCUUUAAAAUUGUUGCAUGUACCGUCGGCACCGUAAUACAAAAUAUUCUAUAUAAAAGCACACACACUGCGUUCGUGUACAAUGUUUACUUCUGUAAAGUAACAAAUAUAUUACACAUGGUGUAUUAUGCUCUCAAACAUAAAAAAAGUGUGUUAUAAAAUAUGAAAUAUAAACUCUUUAUGUAAUUACAUAUAUGUGUGUGUGUGUGUGUGUAUUUGAAUAGUAUAAGUCUACAUAUAUAUUCUGGCGUAAUUAUUGUGCUAUGGUAAUGAAAAUAGAAAGAUCUCAAAAUAUGUGAUAACACGCUAGCUAUGAUAAAAUUCAUAUUAUUGUACAAUAAUUGUUGCUGGAAUGUACACAUUAGUAGAGUAUAAAAUGACACUUCUAGCGCACUUUGUGAUUGGAGCGCAAUAAAAUCAUCCGAAAUCUUAAAAAAGUGGUAUACAUACACAAAAAUGAUUGGCCCGUACCUGGCGGUGAUUGUUCUGCUAGAAACAAUACAUCACAAUACAUGCUUCUUGUGAUCUGUGACUUCAGUGUUAGCAUUUAUUUUGAAAAAUGCGUUGCUUAUUGAACGGGAUUGUUUAAAUCAAAAUAAACAACAAGGAAGAUUAAUAUUUAUUUAAUAAUUCCUAAAGAUGGAUGGAAACGCACCAAUCAAAACAGAGUAUUUAUAUCCAGCAAGCAAUCUAGCACGAAAAUAAGCACUGUGUGUCGCUGGCUUUAUUCUAUCUUUGUUAUACGUACUUUUAUAUAUUUUUCAGAAUAAGUUAAAAACAUAUUACCUAUUGCUGAAUUGUCUCAAUAGAAUACAGAAAAAAUUAUUAGCUAGAUGCUGUUUAUAGCCAACACUACCUCGAUUUUUUUUUUUUUUAUUGA